AUGGGUUGUACCGAGUUUCCCCGCAUCAAGGAGAUCCGCACCUUCAUUAUCGAUGGUGUCGGCUCCGGCGGUGAUUACCACAAUGUGAAAGGUGGCCACUGGCUCAUCGACAGCAACAUCUCCACUCCCAUGACCAAGUGGGCGGAGUACCGAGGCUCGCGUACUUCCUGGGGAAUCAACGUCUUGGGCUCUUUCUGUGUUGAGAUUGAGGCCACAGAUGGCACCAAGGGUUUCGCCACCGGUUUCGGUGGUCCCCCUGCUUGCUGGCUUACCCACCAGCACUUUGAGCGUUUCCUAAUUGGCGCAGACCCCCGUGAUACCAACAACCUGUUCGAGAAGAUGUACAAGGCCUCCAUGUUCUACGGCCGCAAGGGUCUGCCCGUGGCCGUGAUUUCGGUGAUUGACCUGGCCCUGUGGGAUCUGCAGGGAAAGAUCCGCAACGAGCCCGUCUACAAGCUCAUUGGUGGUGCAACUCGCGAGCGUCUUGAUUUCUACUGCACUGGACCCCAGCCCGCUUCUGCCAAGUCUGCUGGCUUUAUUGGUGCCAAGGUGGCCCUUCCCCACGGUCCUGAUGAGGGCACCGAAGGCCUGCUCAAGAACGUCGAGUAUCUCCGUCUGCAGCGUGCUAGUGUUGGCCCUGAUUUCCCCCUGCGUGUUGACUGCUAUAUGUCUCUCACCGUUCCCUAUACUAUCGAGCUGGUCAAGCGCUGUGAGCAGCAGGGUCUGAACAUUGACUGGUGGGAGGAGUGCCUGACUCCCGAUGACUUCGAUGGCCACGCUCUGCUGAAGCGUGCCCACCCUACUGUCAAGUUCACCACUGGCGAGCACGAGUUCUCUCGCUAUGGAUUCCGCAAGUUGGUUGAAGGCCGUAACCUCGAUAUCAUCCAGCCUGAUGUUAUGUGGCUUGGUGGCUUGACUGAGCUUCUGAAGGUCUCUGCCCUCGCCGCUGCCUACGAUAUCCCCGUUGUCCCCCACGCCUCCGGACCUUACUCCUACCACUUCGUCGUCUCCCAGUCCAAUAGCCCCUUCCAAGAAUAUCUGGCCAACUCUCCUGACGGCAAGUCUGUCUUGCCCGUGUUUGGUAACCUCUUCACCAAUGAGCCCAUCCCUGUCAACGGAUUCCUUGAUGUUUCAAUUCUGGACAAGCCUGGAUUUGGUCUCGAGCUUAACCCUUCGGCGCCUCUCAUCUCUGGAGCCUCCCUGCUGAACCCCGCGCCUCAGAAAGCUCUGCGGGCUCCGGAUAAUGAAGAGGCUACCAACGGCUCUUCCGCUUAA